UCUCCUUGUUUGAGAAAAACACAACACACAUACAUCUCUCCUAAAACCCAUAUCCGGCCACCGCCGCUUUAAACCACCACCAAGGCAGCCACCGGCAACCGCCAAGUCAGCCAUCCUUCUACGACCUCCACCAAGCCAGGCAUCGUCCGACCACUACGGUUCUCUUUUGCUAACGCCAACCACUUAAUGGCCGAGGAAGAACUAGUGAUUAGAGAGGAUCCUGCAGAGGAACAACUUGAUGCAGAAUUGGAACGUUUGAAGGCUGAAAAGAAAGAGAAAAGGAAAAGACGUUUAUUGGAGGAAGCUGCCAAGGCUGCUAAGCGUGGGGUCUGCUACUUGAGCCGAAUUCCUCCACGCAUGGAUCCUUUAAAGCUUCGUCAAAUUCUAUCCCAAUAUGGAGAGCUUGAGAGAAUUUAUCUUACACCAGAAGAUCCUGCUGCUCAUAUUCACCGUAAAAAAGCAGGUGGUUUCCGUGGACAAGGUUUCACAGAAGGAUGGGUUGAAUUCACCAACAAGAACGUUGCGAAAAGGGUUGCUUCAAUGUUAAAUGGUGAACAAAUAGGUGGAAGGAAGAAGUCAUCAUUCUAUUAUGACCUUUGGAACAUUAAAUACUUGAGUAAAUUCAAAUGGGAUCAUCUCACAGAAGAGAUUGCAUAUAAGAAUGCUACGAGAGAGCAAAAACUAGCACUGGAACUAUCAACAGCUAAAAAGGAGCGUGAUUUCUAUCUUGCAAAAGUUGACCAGUCUCGUGCUUUAAGCUCUAUAGAUGAACGGCUGAAGAAGAAGCGCAAGACCCAAGAAGUGAAUGGAUCAACAGCAGAUAUUCCAGGAGAUCAUCAGGCGGCAAAAGUUAUGCGCAUGUUCCGUCAAACAAAACCAGUCAGAGAUGGUGGUGAAAAGCAAAAGCAGGGGCUCUCAAAGGACCUUUUGGCUGGGGUUUUUGGUGGUUCUCCAUGAAGUUACUCGCGAGGGUUGUAAAGUGGUAUUAGAGGAUAGUUCUUUAGUUCAUUCAAGCUCUUGUACGCAAAGCAAUUUUGAACCUCUGAUUGACAAAAUUUUGUAAUAUCUUUUCUCUUUGUUUGAACAUUGAGAUUAUGUCCUAAUAGAUGCAAUCGGCUUGUUAUCUAUAUAUGGGUUGAUUUGUUUUUGAA